UCUUGCAAACUGCAGCAGCUGCUUCUCCUUCUUCUUCUCUGCUCGCUUCAGCCUUUUCCGGUACGUACCUGAGAUAACGGGUCACAUGAGGAUCUACGGCGAGGAGCACCCAAAUCAGCAGAUCCUCUCUCGGAUCGCGACCAACGACGGCCAUGGCGAGAACUCCUCCUACUUCGAUGGCUGGAAGGCCUACGAGAAGGAUCCUUUCCACCUCACCGACAACCCCACGGGGGUCAUCCAAAUGGGACUCGCAGAAAACCAGCUUUCCCUCGACUUGAUCCGAGACUGGAUGAAGAAGAACCCACAGGCUUCGAUCUGCACCGAAGAAGGGGUCUCAGAGUUCAAAGCAAUUGCCAACUUUCAGGACUAUCAUGGCCUCCCAACCUUCCGAAAGGCCAUCGCCCAGUUCAUGGAGAAGGUGAGAGGGGGACGAGCCAGAUUUGACCCAGACCGCAUCGUGAUGAGCGGUGGAGCCACCGGCGCUCAGGAAACCAUCGCCUUUUGCCUGGCUGAUCCUGGCGAGGCCUUCUUGAUUCCAACGCCAUAUUAUCCGGGAUUCGAUCGAGACUUCAGGUGGAGGACAGGAGUUCAGCUCCUCCCCAUUCACUGCCACAGUUCCAACAAGUUCAAGAUCACCCAAGCCGCACUGGAGACUGCUUACAGGAAGGCUCGAAACUCACACAUUAGAGUCAAAGGAAUACUGGUGACCAACCCAUCGAACCCUCUGGGCACAACCAUGGACAGAGAGACGCUGAGAACCCUAGUCAGCUUCGUCAACGAGAAAAGGAUGCACUUGGUGUGCGACGAGAUCUUCUCCGGAACCGUCUUCGACAAGCCGAGUUACGUGAGCGUCUCCGAGGUGAUCGAAGACGAGCCCUACUGCGACAGGGAUCUGAUUCACAUCGCCUACAGCCUCUCCAAGGACCUGGGCGUCCCUGGCUUCCGCGUCGGCGUCAUAUACUCCUACAACGACGCCGUGGUCAGCUGCGCGAGGAAGAUGUCGAGCUUUGGACUGGUCUCGUCGCAGACGCAGCACCUGCUCGCUUCCAUGUUGGGAGACGAGGAGUUCACCACGAGUUUCUUAGCGACGAGCCGGACGAGGUUGUGCGGGCGGCGCAGGGUCUUUACGGACGGCCUCAAGCGAGUCGGGAUUCAUUGCUUGGACGGCAACGCGGGGCUGUUCUGCUGGAUGGACUUGAGGCCGUUGCUGAAGGAAGCGACGGUGGAGGCGGAGCUCCGGCUGUGGCGGGUGAUCAUCAACGACGUGAAGCUCAACAUCUCGCCGGGGUCGUCCUUCCACUGCUCGGAGCCGGGGUGGUUCAGGGUGUGCUUCGCCAACAUGGACGACACGGCCAUGAAGAUAGCGCUGAGGAGGAUCGAGAGUUUCGUGUACCGGGAGAACGACGCCGCUGUGCAGGCGAAGAACAAGAGGAGGUGGGACGAAGCGCUGCGGCUGAGCUUGCCUCGUCGGAGGUUCGAGGAUCCGACCAUCAUGACACCACAUCUGAUGUCUCCCCACUCGCCUCUCGUUCAAGCCGCCACCUGAAACAUCGACAGCGGCGUGUCUGAUGUCAAAGAAGGUUAAUUACCGUCUGAUAUGUUGCACAUUUCUUUGUUCUUUGGAUUAUUUAUUUUUUUUUUUGGGAAAAAUGGGUUGAAUGUUCCCACUAAGUUAUAUUAGAUUGUUAUUCGGUCUCAUUCAUGUUAUAGGAAACGAGGAUAGAAUUGCUUGCCUCUCUCUUUCUUUUAUAUAUGGAAAUAUGUUGCAAUUGGCCUAA